GUGACUGUGCCUCAGUGUGGCUCAGCCUCCCUCCCUCUGCUCCCUGGCUCUCUGAAGCUGCAGACGCGCUUUCACUCUCCCUACUUUCUCCUCCUGUCUGCUCCGCGGAGCGCUGCCGCCGCCGCCGCUGCUGCUGACCCUGGAUACUAUUUAAAUCUGUCAUUUCAAACGGGAUGAAAGCCAAUUUUUGCUUCGUUUUGCCCCCAUGUUCCUUCCUCCUGUUUCUUCUGCCAGGAGGCUCCUGUUCAGAUGCAGAGCACAGGCUCUUCUCUGGGAUAUUCUCCAACUACAACCAGUAUAUACGACCAGUGGAAAAUGUGACCGACCCAGUCAUUGUACAGUUCGAGGUGUCCAUGUCACAGCUGGUCAAAGUGGAUGAAGUCAAUCAGAUCAUGGAGACAAAUCUGUGGCUGAGACAUAUUUGGAAUGACUACAAACUCAGAUGGAAUCCAAAGGAUUUUGGAGGCGUCGAGUUUAUCCGGGUGCCGUCCAACAGGAUAUGGAAGCCAGACAUUGUGCUCUACAACAAUGCAGUCGGAGAUUUCCAGGUUGAUGACAAAACAAAGGCCCUGCUUCGGUACAAUGGUGAUGUCACCUGGAUCCCUCCAGCCAUAUUCAAGAGCUCCUGCAAGAUUGACGUCACCUACUUCCCCUUCGACUACCAAAACUGCACCAUGAAGUUUGGCUCCUGGACGUACGACAAGGCCAAGAUCGAUCUGGUGCUAAUUGGCUCAACUAUUAACCUCAAGGAUUUCUGGGAGACCGGCGAGUGGACGAUCAUCGACGCCCCUGGUUACAAACAUGACAUUAAGUACAACUGCUGUGAGGAAAUCUACACAGAUAUCACCUACUCAUUGUACAUCCGCCGCCUGCCACUUUUCUACACCAUAAACAUGAUCAUCCCCUGCCUUCUCAUCUCCUUCCUCACUGUGCUCGUCUUCUACCUGCCAUCUGAUUGCGGCGAGAAAGUCACUCUGUGUAUCUCCGUCCUGCUGUCUUUAACUGUCUUCCUCCUCGUCAUAACAGAGACCAUCCCCUCCACCUCACUAGUCAUCCCCCUGAUUGGUGAGUACCUCCUCUUCACCAUGAUCUUUGUCACCCUCUCUAUUGUCAUCACUGUCUUUGUGCUGAACGUACACUACCGCACACCAAAGACCCACACUAUGCCCUGCUGGGUGCGAACUGUAUUCCUGGGGCUGCUGCCCAGGGUGAUGUUCAUGACUAGGCCAGAGAGGGACCCUGAGACGGUGGCAGCGGCCAGCAGUGUUCAGACGGUGCAUUCAAGGCCCUGUGCCAUUCAUUCAUCAGGUACUUUGCAGAAGCAGCACAAACCUCAGGCCCUGGCCUCCGGUGUGGUGUCCAGCCUGACCAACCGCCAACGGCUUUUCAACAACACAGAGCUCUCCAAUCUCAAUAACUUAAGUGGAGACCCGGUCAAAGGUGCAGGCUCCACCUUCUUGUGCUGCGAGGGCCGUUGCAACUGCUGCUGGCACCAGAGAUCCAGCAAACUGCCUGCGGACUCUGGAGGAGGGAGUGGAGGGCUGGGCAGUUUGGGGGCACUGACUGGAGGCAGUGCUGUUGGGGUUGGAGGGGAAAGUCAGUGCUCCAGCUCAGAAUCUCUGGAUGGAGGAAUAAUGUCCCUGUUGCCGCUCUCACCUGAGGUCAGAGAGGCUAUUGAGAGUGUCAAAUACAUAGCAGAGAACAUGAGACUACAGAAUGAAGCGAAGGAGGUUCAGGAUGACUGGAAGUACGUUGCCAUGGUUAUUGACAGGAUCUUUCUUUGGGUUUUUGUCCUUGUGUGCAUUCUGGGAACAGCCGGCCUCUUCCUCCAGCCUCUAUUACUUGGGGAUGACAUUUGAAUCAGUUUGAUCAAACAAAUACUUGCACAGCAUUCGUUACAAAUACGAUCUCACCAUAGCUCAGACAAAGGAUCCAAGGCCGAGAAGAAAAGAUGACUGGUUUAGAGACUGUGUUUUCACAGAAGAAUUAGAUGAUUUUUGCGUGGGGAAGUGGUAUAAGGACUCUCACAUGCUGAGAACAUGGCUAACGAACAAUGGUAAAGACCAUGCUGGUUAGUUGUUUCAUUUUGUAGAAGAUAGUUCUGCAGUAAAUGUCAAUAUAAUCUAUAGUAACAAGGCAAAACUUUUGCAGAAUCAGUUGUUUUGAUGAGUAAUACAUACAUUUACUGAACUUGAGGUAUCUAAUUUCACAGUGAGCAAGUAUGUACAUACAUUCACAAAUGCAACCAUUAUGCCACACUAGAAAGCUCAAUAUUUUAAUCACCACUAUGUUCUAUAACAAGUAAAUCUUGAACAUUUUCUUCUCUAAAUGUUAAGUUCACAUUGAGUGCCACGCCAAAAAUAUGUGUGUGUGUGUGUGUGUGUGUGUGUGUGUGUGUGUGUGUGUGUGUGUGUGUGUGUGUGUGUUUAUGGAGAUAGCAGAGAAAAAAAAACUGAUUUCAGAAACAUGGAGGUGUAUGUUUCUGAGAACCAAGCAGGGAUGUUGACUGUGCUCAAAGGGUGACAUCAUGUGGUAACUUUUUGCUACUACAAACAAUAACAAGGCUUUCUGAUUGUUAAAGGGGAUAUGUCGCACAUAUUGUCAUAAUCUCGUUUGUAACAUAAUCUCACUUGUAACAUUCAUGAAAGGUUAGCACUAUAAGGCAUAAAAUGCUGCUUGAUCUGGAUCGCCUGACCUCCUGGAACGGCUGAUAUGAGACAUGUCAUUCAGAAUUUUUUGACCAUUUGAAUUUGAUAUUUACAAUUUACAAGUAUUCCACGUACAAAGAGAACAAAAUCUUCUAUAAACAUACACAUUUUAGUUCUGUUUUACUUGCAUAUAUCUGUAAAUAAA